AUGGUUUCCAACGUACCUCCGACACUUUGUCCAAGAUGUGAUAGUCUCGAUCUGGACAAGAUAUUUGCUGGAAAAUAUGACACUCCACAGAUUGUCACACAAUUGGGCGACGUUCCGCAUGAUAUGCUAUCGAGCGAAUGCCCGUUGUGUCGUUUGUUGGCGGAGGCAGUUCACAGACCUUUCUCAGACGAAUCACUCACAUCCUACCAUGAUACAUGCUACUUUUGCAACAAUGUCGAUACCGAUGCGCCCUUUGUUCAAGGUUACUUCUUAUUUGCGGAUCGGAUCAGCAGUACCAGGUGGGAAGGUAUUGGCCACUCGAAGGUGACGAGCUACCUCGGCACCAUCUUGGGAACCGCGAUUGCCAAUGAAGGGCUGUUUAUCAAGUCGGAUGUCAAGAAUGCCGACUCCGCAACCACCGCAGCCAACAAGUUGUGCCCACCGGCGACUGCCGAUAUGGAUAUACCUAACGAAGGAUUUGUUGCUCUGAAGGUUGGCAGAUUGAAAGAAGGAAAGAGUAUUGCAAGUUAUCUGGGAAGUAUUUACCCAGCUUCAAGCUCUGAAUCGAAGGCGGCGGCAGGUCGUCUCGUGCCCUCCACAAUCAACUGGAAGUUGCUGCGAUCCUUCGUGCAAACAUGUGAAGACUCUCACGAGGCAUGCCGGUCAACUAAACAAGAACUCAGCAUAACUGGGUUUUGCUUGAUAAACUGCAACACUGAGAGUCUUCAGCCCGCAGCACCUGAUGCGUCAUACGUGGCUCUGAGCUAUGUAUGGGGCCAGCCGGAUAAGUCGAACGACUUUCGGUCAUCACUGGACUUAGCCAGAAUGCCGUUGGUCAUCCAAGAUGCCAUGACUGCAGUGAGAGAAAUGGGUCUUGUUUAUCUCUGGGUUGAUAGAUACUGCAUCAAGCAAGACGACCGCGAAACCCUUAGCGACCAUCUGUCCAAGAUGCAUGUCAUUUAUCGACACGCUGUUUUCACCAUAGUUGCAGCCGCAGGUAAUGAUUCAGCCUAUGGACUACCGGGUGUCUCGAUAAGACGACGGCAGCCACAGGCGCAUGCAAAUAUUGGAGGACGUCUGCUGGUAUCGGCUCUUGAGCCCUACACGAGCGACUCGAAGAGCAUCAAGUGGAAUACUAGAGCGUGGACAUAUCAGGAGGAUGUAUUCUCUGUCAGACAACUCAUGUUCGGCACCCAUCAGGUCACAUUCAGAUGCGCCGAGAGUCAGAACUGCGAAGGCCUUACCGAUCCGUCUGAAGCUAACACAUCUUCGCUGCGUCUUUUCGGUGUUCGCAGUCGUUCUGCGUGGGAGCACAUCACGCACUACUCAAAGCGACGUCUCACGUUCGAAAGUGACGCCCUCGACGCCAUCACCGCCACGCUUAAUGAUUAUAAUGACAAGACGAAGGACGCCGCUUUCCAUGCGUGGGGCAUGCCAUUUGCGGCCAACCUGAAUGUGUUGGAUGGCUCGCCUCCUGGGCCUCUGAGAGGCGCCGUGUUUGCUUCCGAGCAGGCUAUUUUUGGGUACAGCUUGGCAUGGUAUCCGGCGAGCAACAAUAUUCGAAAACGUCAUGGGUUUCCUACCUGGACUUGGGCUUCGUGUGGAGCCAAUGUUGGGUUCCUGAACUUGCCUUACGGGACGCCGGACAAUGCGUUGAUGCCGGACCCAGAACUCGACGUUCGGUUGGAAUGUUGUAACGGUCGAAUUAUAUCUUUGUCCGAGUACAUGUCGCAAGACUCUCCUGUUCAACUCUCCCGUUACCUCCACCUAGAAGCGUGGUCAGUUCGCAGUAGCUUGACCUUCCAUCCCGACGAAGGGACGGCUACGAUCGAUGUCAGUGACGAAAAGUACCACUUGGCGGGAAACAUUGGCCUAGAAAUCCUGCCGGACGACGAUGACCACAAGCCGAUUCAUAAUCUCAUGAUGGGAAGAGACGGAUGGGAGGCCAUCGUUGUGUUCUUCUCGCCUGAAAACAAUGAAGGCGCGGUACAGCCAUUCAUCAUUACGCUCAUGAGGGUUGACGACGCCGAACAGCCAGAUGAAGUGGUCUAUGAACGAUUUGGUCACAUCAGUGGCCUCAGACUGGAAAUGAAGCCCCAAAGACGGGACAGGAAUGGCCAAGCUGCUAGGAAAGAUGCCUUGGGUAGAGGAGACAUCCAAAGUGCAACGACCACGCAGGCCGGAAUCGUGCCGGCGCCGCAAACAACGGCAACGGCAACGACAGCAACACACUCACACUCCGCCCACGGCCCAGACGGCUUCCCGAUCGAGCCUCCGAGGAAGGGGUCCGAUAGCAGUGAGGCAAGGAGCCCGAGUACCGAGUCAUCCGGCGAAGCCAAGCCUCGGUCGGCUACCUCGGGGUCAAAGAGGCAGGUCAUUGCCGUCGCCUGCGACAACUGUCGGCGCAGGAAAGCAAAGUGCGACGGCAGCAGGCCAAAAUGCCAGCACUGCACCAAACGCAACGUCGAGUGCCACUAUGAGGCCAACCAGGGCGAGACCGUCAGUCUUGCCCUCAAGCGCAAGGCCAACGUCCUCGAGAACGAGAACGCCCAGUACCGCGAUCUCUUCCGCAUGGUCUGCAGCAAGACCGAGGACGAGGCCCAGGAGAUCUUCCGCCGCAUCCGCGUCUCCGGGGACCCGCUCAAGGUCCUCGAGUCCAUCCGCCAGGCCGAGAUCCUGCUGCCCUCGCCCGCCGCCAACGAGCGCGUGAGCGAUUCAAGGUUAGCCAAGCUCAACGACAAGGCCAUGGAAAAUAGUCUGAUCCGCGUCCCCGCGAAACCCUGGACAGCCAUCGCAGACGACGGGCUCGUAUCUGAGCUCAUUACCGACUUCUUCAGCUGGGAGAACGCCAGCGCCUUCCCCGCCGUCGACCGCGACUUAUUUGUGGCGGACAUGAGGGCCGGCAACGUCAAGAAGGCAAAGUACUGCUCCCCCAUCCUCGUCAACGCCAUAUGCGCCCUGCGAAGUCCGUUUGUAGAACGAGCCAAGCAGUUUGGCGCCAUUACGGGGCAAGACUUGGCCAGGCGGUUCAGAGAUGAAGUCAUGCAGCUAGUCGAGAAGAGCCAAGGCCGCGCGACGCUGCCGACCAUUAUCGCGCUUGUGCUCAUUGACUGGUCAGCCAGCAUUGCUGGCGAUGAGCCGACGGCGAAGAUGUAUCGCUACAUGGCGUGGGAGCGAUAUAAGCGCUUCAGGCCAGAGAGGAGGUUUUCUCAGCUGAAAGAGGACGAUCCCCAGGAAAGGAGCGAGAGACUUGCUAUAUCAAAGGCAGCCUGGGCGAUUUUCUUCAUGGAAAGCCGCAUUUCGUAUUUUUACCACCAAGUCUCAUAUAUACCGCCUCCACCAAUACCCAAACUAUUCGACAACAAUGGAGCGGAUGCGCUCGAGAACAGAGGCAAUCUUGACGUGCUGGGACGGCCAUAUUUAGGAUCAACAACACAGAUCCCCCUUGUUCCCGGAAUAGCCACCAUCAACAGCAAUCUUGCGUGUCUUCAGUAUGAAAUCAUGCAAUACGUAACAUCAGGAGACAACAUCAAAGGCAGUGCAGAAGAUCUGAAACGGAGGAAAAGUCUGUAUUGCAAGCUGCAACAGUUCAGGGCGGAUCUUCCGAAGCGGUUUCGCAUGGAGUUCAACUUCACUCCCUCAACCGCCUUCCUCAGGAUGCACGAGAACGAAAUCGCCUACGUCCUCCUCACCUCCCUCCACCCCUCCACCAAAUUCGACACCCCGUUCACAGACACGGCCACCACCGUGAAAUCCCUCACACUCCAGCACUGCCUCUCCGACACCACCCUCGCCGAAGCCUACCUCCAGAAAUACACCGUCAGCUCCUACACGACACGCCAGCUCUUCGUCACGAUGCAGGCCCUCAUCCCCUUCCUCAACGACGGCCACGCCGCCACCAACGACCUCUUCACCCGCCUCUGCAUGAUGGGCGGCCUCACCGCGCGCGUCGUCCGCAUGACCGUCCACCUGCUGCAGGCCGCGCAGGCCAUGGCGUGGGCGAUGAAGCAGGACAUCCCCGAGGCCGCGAAGCCGUACCUCGAGCCGUGGGUCAAGCUCGCGAUCCAGGAGAGCGAGACGACGAAGCCGCCGAGCUACUCGGUGCCCGACAGGAAGGAGAUUAAAGAGCUGUUGGCCGAGAGCGAUAGGGCCGUCGCUGGGCCGAACGAGGGCAGCGGCGCCGAGCUCUGGGCGUUGGUGGAGAAGUGGGUUUUGAGUGGUGGCUCAAAGUGA